UCCUCGGUCAUCGUCAUCAUCUCCAAAUUCAACCGAAAGAUCUCUGCAAAAACUAUCUGCUUCCAUUUACAGAAGAAGUUCAGAGAGAAGCCAAAUGGGAUUUGAAAUAGCAGAGGACAAUCCAUCACCAUCAACGCUCAUUUUCACCUACGGUACUCUCAAGAGAGGCUUCUCCAACCACGGACUCUUGCAAGAUCUGAUGCGAACCGGAGACGCUGUCUUUAGAGGUACAUAUCGAACCAUAGACAAUUAUCCUCUCGUUUGUGGUCCCUACAGGGUCCCAUUCCUCCUCAAUCUCCCUGGAGCUUCCGGAUCCAAUCGUGUUACCGGCGAAUUGUACGCCGUAACUGCUAGAGGGCUCACCCGUCUCGACGAGCUGGAGGGCAUCACUCGCUGCCACUACGAGAGAUUACCGAUAAUGGUGGAACCGAUUUCGGCAACGGGUGAUGGUGAGGGAAAAGCGUGUGCGGCGGAGGCGUAUUACGCGCACAGGAGUUACGCGGCGGAGAUGUGGAAGAGGAACGGAAAGAGGGGAUAUGUUGUGUACGGGGAGAAGGAAGCGAAAGGAUAUGUGAAGAGGAAAGAUAGGCCUCAAAAUCUGAGCUUCUUAGAUCAGAUUCAUGUUUUUGUAAGCUCUAUUGAUGGUAAUUAAUUGAAAAUUUCAAAUAACAAGAAAGUAAAAAUUAUGUGCCAUAGCCAUAGCGAUAGCCGUAGCUUCCUCCCUUUCUCUGUUUCGAAUCACAGAGUUGAUGUAAAAGCAAAACCAAGAAUCCUAUCUUCAUCUGUAUCUUUUCUUGUUCUUCAAUUUCUGAGAAUGCAAGGAAAAAAAAUUUAGUAUUUUAAUUA